GCACGACUUGUCUGACCGCUCAUCGCAGUUUCAAUAGUUAUUCUUACGAUGGCGGAUGCAUCGUGCUUUGUGGCCUGGAGCUGCUGUCUCCAACUUCUGCUUCUCCUCCUUGGUGUCCAGGCAUACGAGGUGACAAAAGCCAAGAUCGAGGUUUUUUACCCCAAGGGAUUUGAAGUCUCAAUUCCCGACGAGGAGGGAAUCUCUCUUUUUGCCUUUCAUGGCAAGCUAAAUGAGGAGAUGGAGGGGCUGGAGGCCGGCACCUGGGCACGAGACAUCGUAAAGGCCAAAAACGGACGAUGGACAUUCCGGGAUCGGACUACCGCUUUGAAGCCCGGCGACAUCUUAUACUACUGGACGUACGUUAUCUACAACGGACUAGGUUAUCGCGAAGAUGACGGGUCGUAUGUGGUCAAUGGCACCUCGGUGACCACUCCUCCUUCACCCGUUGUCCCUGUUUCAUCCACGCCCUGGAGUCCACCAGCCGAUCCGGAUAUUGAUAUAAGAGUGGGUUGCACCACCCCCAAGACAGAGGUCAAUGGAGUACCUACUCGUUGCGCCGGACAGUUGGUAUUCGUGGAUGAGUUUAACGCUGCAAGGCUGGAUCCUAAUAAGUGGAAGGCGGAACGCCGAUUCUCUGGCCAACCCGACUACGAGUUCAAUGUUUAUGUGGACGAUGCCCCGGACACCUUGUGCUUGACCAAUGGACACGUGGUGCUUUCUACAAAUACUUUAAGAAAGCAUUUCCAUAAGGGAUCAGAUGCCAGCUUAGACUUGGGUGAAAAAUGUACAGGAGUGGCUAAUUCUCAUGAUUGCGUCAGGAAUGGCAGGACCAUGAACGAUGGAUUGCCACCAAUGGUCACCGCCCAGUUCUCCUCAAAGGCUUUCUCUUUUAAGUACGGCCGUGUGGAGGUGCGAGCCAAAAUGCCGCGGGCUAAAUUUGUGACACCUCAAAUCUGGCUGCAGCCAAAGUAUAAUGUCUAUGGAACGGAUGACUACCGGUCAGGACAACUAAGGAUUGCCUACACUCGUCCAAAUGGCGCUAAUCUGGAUCUGUUUGCCGCCGCUGUUCUCUUUGCAGACGAACCUUUGCGUUCGGUCAAGAAUUGCUUGAAACUGGGAACUGGGGAUAACUCAGAGGACUGGAGCGACAGUUUCCACAAUUAUACCCUUGAGUGGACUCCACGGGAGUUACGUUGGCUGGUGGACGACAAAGAGUGGUGCGUCCAAGGAAGCGAUAAGGGAGCUUUUAGUGAGACUACAGCCGCUGGGAAACGAUUGCCACAAGCCCAGAAACUAGAAGAGGGCUCAGGACUGGCGCCCUUCGAUCAGGAAUUCUAUUUAACUUUCGGACUCGGAGUUGGUGGGUUCAAUGAGUACCAGCACGAAGUAAAGCCUUGGAACGAAAGGGCUCCACAGGCACAAAAAGCCUUUUGGAAGGAAAUAAAAAAAAAUAGAGAUCAUUGGGUAGACGAGGGCCACAUGAAGAUCGACUAUGUCAAGGUGUACUCAUUGUAAUUUCUUUCUUAUUAAAAACAAAAAAAAUA